UUCCAUCCCGUCAUGACCAUUAUGUUUCCUCAACUUUUCUAUUCUCCUACUUCCUUUGCUGUGCUCUCAGUCACUGGGAGACGAAAGUGCUGCUGGUUAGCACAGAAGAAACUGCUGCUGCUGCGGCUUCUACUGUUGUCUGCCAUCUCUGUUACCAUCGAGACCGGGGCUGUGUAUGCUCGAGGUGCAGGGAGCUAAUGUAUAAGGAGUUAAAGGAACUCUUGCUGCUGCCAAAUGUGUUGUUAUCACUAACUGCACCGCUGCUGUCAUUAGUGCUGCUGCCAACACUGCAAGCCCUGCUGCUGCCAGUGCCAAUUCUGCUGAUGCCUUGGGCUCUCCAUGUCCCAGGGUGAUUCCGUAGACAAGCAGCUGCUUUUAGAUUUCACUUGUUCAUUACCUGUAGAUCCUUUGCCUUAGGACUCAAGCUUAAGCCCAUGAAGCCUGGGAUAGAAGACAAUUGGAGGCUGCAAAGUUGGCUUUCACAGUGCAAGCCUUUGAGUCCCAAUGGGGGACUCAGGAUCAAGACGAUCUACCCUGGUCUCCCGGUUGCCAAUAUUCAGAAGAAGUAUUAACAGAAGACAUGAUUCUCUUCCUUCUUCACCUUCUUCCAGUAAUACAGUUGGUGUCCACAGUUCCUCUCCUUCCAGCACUAACUCAAGCUCAGGUAGCACAGGUAAACGGAGGAGCAUAUUCCGUACUCCUUCCAUUAGCUUCCACCAUAAGAAGGGGAGUGAGCCUAAGCAAGAGCCUACCAACCAGAACCUUAGUAUUUCAAAUGGUGCUCAACCUGGUCACAGCAAUAUGCAGAAACUGAGUUUGGAAGAACAUAUUAAGACCAGGGGAAGACAUUCUGUUGGUUUUAGUAGUUCACGAAAUAAGAAGAUAACAAGAUCUUUGACAGAGGAUUUUGAAAGGGAAAAAGAGCACUCAACUAACAAGAAUGUCUUUAUAAAUUGUCUAAGUUCUGGCAAAAGUGAAGGGGAUGAUUCUGGUUUCACAGAAGACCAAACUCGUCGUUCUGUUAAGCAGUCAACAAGGAAGCUACUCCCUAAAUCUUUUUCAUCUCACUAUAAAUUUUCUAAGCCAGUUCUACAGAGCCAAUCCAUUUCAUUGGUACAACAGUCUGAAUUCUCAUUGGAAGUUACACAGUACCAAGAGAGAGAACCUGUAUUAGUAAGAGCUUCGCCAUCCUGUUCUGUGGAUGUAACAGAACGGGCAGGAAGCUCUUUACAAUCUCCUUUGCUUUCUGCUGAUCUUACCACAGCUCAGACACCUUCAGAAUUUUUAGCCUUGACUGAAGAUUCUGUGUCUGAAAUGGAUGCAUUUUCUAAAAGUGGAAGCAUGGCAUCCCACUGUGACAACUUUGGCCACAAUGAUUCUACCUCUCAGAUGUCUCUCAAUUCUGCUGCUGUUACAAAGACAACAACAGAACUUACGGGAACUGUUCCCUGUGCAAUUAUGUCUCCUGGGAAAUAUAGGUUAGAGGGUCAAUGUAGCACUGAAUCUAAUUCAUUACCGGAAACCUCUGCUGCUAAUCAGAAGGAAGUGUUAUUACAAAUUGCUGAACUACCUGCUACAAGUGUGAGCCACUCAGAGAGUAACCUACCAGCAGAUAGUGAAAGAGAAGAAAAUAUAGGGUUACAAAAUGGUGAAACAAUGCUGGGGACAAACUCCCCAAGGAAACUUGGAUUUUAUGAGCAACAUAAAGCAAUAGCUGAACAUGUAAAAGGGAUCCAUCCUAUUUCAGAUUCAAAGAUAAUACCUACUUCUGGUGAUCAUCAUAUUUUUAACAAAACAUCACAUGGAUAUGAAGCAAAUCCUGCCAAAGUUCUUGCCAGUAGUCUCAGUCCAUUUCGUGAAGGAAGAUUUAUAGAGAGGAGACUGCGAUCCUCGUCAGAAGGCACUGCAGGGAGUAGCAGAAUGAUUUUGAAACCGAAAGAUGGAAAUAUAGAAGAAGUUAAUAGUUUAAGAAAGCAAAGAGCAGGUUCUUCAUCUUCAAAAAUGAACAGUUUGGAUGUUUUGAAUAAUUUGGGAUCUUGUGAACUGGAUGAAGAUGAUCUAAUGCUUGACCUUGAAUUUUUAGAGGAACAGAGUCUUCACCCUUCUGUUUGCCGGGAGGACUCAUAUCACUCUGUCGUCUCAUGUGCUGCAGUAGUUCUUACUCCUAUGGAACCAACGAUAGAAAUGAAGAAAAGAGAAGAACCAGAAUUUCCUGAGCCUUCCAAACAGAGUCUUUCCCUGAAAUUAACAAAGGACGUUGAUCAAGAAGCCAGGUGUUCCCACAUCAGCCGAAUGCCCAACAGUCCAUCUGCGGAUUGGCCUCUACAAGGUGUGGAAGAAAACGGAGGCAUAGAUUCUCUGCCAUUCAGACUGAUGUUACAGGACUGCACGGCAGUCAAGACGUUAUUAUUAAAGAUGAAGAGAGUUCUUCAAGAGAGUGCAGACAUGAGUCCAGCAAGCAGUACCACGUCACUUCCUGUUAGUCCUCUUACUGAAGAGCCAGUGCCUUUCAAGGAUAUAAUGAAAGAUGAAUGCUCGAUGCUCAAGCUGCAGCUGAAAGAGAAGGAUGAACUCAUUUCCCAACUUCAGGAAGAGCUGGGAAAAGUCCGGCAUUUACAGAAGGCUUUUGCUUCAAGAGUAGAUAAAUCCACACAGACUGAACUACUAGGCUAUGACGGUUUAAACUUGAAAAGACUAGAGACAGUACAAGGAGGGAGAGAGAGCAAGACGGCUGCAGCAUCUCCAGUCUCACAGCCUACAAAGUUUAAGUUGAAAAAGAAUUGCCAUGAAAUUCUGAAAUUCACUCUAAUUAGACCCAUUUGGUUGUAAGCCAAACCCUCAACCAAUCACUGAGGCCAGAGGAAGAACAAGUGUUUAUUAGCUCUAGCCUAUAUCACAUGUUCCACACUUGCAGGAAAUGAUGGCUUGUCACCCAAAGCACAGAAACUGAAAAUGAAAGUCGCAUAGAUACUCCCUUCUCCUGAAAAAAUAAUUGAAGCUGUUACUGGAAGCAUGGUAAUUAGAAGGUGGCCGGUUAAAAAGAAAUGUCCGUUGCAAACAGGGAGCAAAAUUUAAGUAUAAAGGUGUAAAUAUAUUUGACUGUAUUUUAUCUUGAAAAGUGAAUCUAAUGUAGAUGACUAUAUUUCUUAGUUUCUAAUAUCAAGAAUGUGUUAAUUCUUAGAAUAAGCAGUUAGCACGAAUGCAUUUUUGACCUUGUAUUUCUGACAAAACUGUAGGAUUAUAUGAUUGACAUUAAAGGUAAAAUUAAAAUUAAUGUAUAAAAUAAAACUCAAAAUUUUCAAGCCAUUUGGAGCUUGUCUUGAGCUAAUGAGGUAAAGCUCAUGUCCUCAAGAAAAAUGUUUUACUCUGCUGUUUUUAAGGGUGCUUCUAUAGAAAGAGUUUGAGAAUCAUUAAUAUGGAUUAUAGAAAAUUAAUCAUGCUUCAGUUAAAAAUAAAUGUAUUUAAUCCUAAAGAUUAGCUUUACUUAAAGUGUUUAUUGUUGCAGACAAGAAAUCUAUCUUAUUUGAAAAAUCAGAAAUUGGACAUGUCAGUGAUUAUAGGUUUUUUUUAAAAUCUGAACAUGAAAAAGUUUUCCCCAGUUUUAAGAUAAUUUACCAUGCUAUUCAAGUCAGCCUAAAAUCUUAAAAAGCUGCUACAUAAUAAGGUAGGGAUUGAAAAAAGAAAUAUUUCAGAUUCAGAGAAUUGUCUUUUUUUAGUACUAAUUAAAACAUUUAAAAAACUAUAUUUAAUGAUGUCAUUCUAAAUUGACUCAAUAAUAUUAAGUGAGGAAUUUAUGUUCCAGCAAACAGUGGAUGAAUGUGUCUAUGGAGAGCAUUGUUUCAAAAUGUUUUGACAAAUAUGUCAUUGAAGUUCUUGCUAUUUUAUUCGAUUUCAGCCACUAUUCUUUUUAGUUGAUUUUUUUUGUCAAUCUUAAAUUUUCAAAAGAAAGAUUGUUUUCAAAUUAUUUUAUAUUUAACAAAUAAAGUUAUGUUAUUGAUUAUUUAAAUUGACUGUUACUGCAAAUUUUUUUUGGAUGGAUCAUUUGGACAAUAUAUCUUUGUGAAGUGAAUAAAACACAUUUCUACAGAAACAAUUCAGAAGCCAUUCCCUUUCCAUUCAAAGUGGUAUUCACCUUUCAACUUUACCCAGACCUAGGUGGCAGAAAAGAAUGCAUUUUGGAAAAACCAAUAGCUGACUUGUAGUGGGGGGCCACAUCUUAGAAGUCUUCAGCAUUCACGUGGAUUUGUAACUCAAUACAUAGAAGCCUUCAAAGCUAGAGUUUUAAUUAAAAAUUGUUACUGAAAACUUGGUACUUUAAUGUAUUAAAAUUGACCAAUUAAAGAAAAGUUUAUUUUUUGCAAUCAGUAAGUAAUCUAUGAUAAGUAAUUUUACUAUCCUGAUGUGAAACAAGUAGAGUGGAUGAUUUGUAAGCGUUUGGAACAGAGGCAAGGAAUAAGCAUUUAACAGAAUCCAAUGCCAAAUAAAAAGCCUCUAUAUAGAUGUUAAAAUCUCUUUAAUACCAGAUUCAUAUUGUGGUCAUGUAGAUACAUUCAUUAUACUCAUAUCUAUAAUGUAUUUGAUUGUGUUUAAUUGUGUAAUAAAUGAUGCAUAUUUCAUAAAGUUAUGUUGUUUAUUAAUCUAUUAUUGUAGUCUUUUACAAAACCUAGUUGAAAAAUCUCUCAGGUAUUUAAAAAUAUCUGGUUGGCUAAAUGGAGAGGAAAAGUAGUAUCAAGAACAAUUUACAACCAACAUUUUCUGACAGUUUACUAUGCAUCUGACUGUGUUAAACCCUAUAGGUACCAGUCUCAUGGAAUCUUUAUCACAAUUUCCUCAUGUGGCUGUUCUCCAGCAUCCUCAUAUAUAAUGGUGCUCCCUAGAUAACUAUUUCUAUUUGGAUAUGAUACACAUUGCAAGAAUUCAACUUAUUUGUAUUUCUAGGGAAAUGCUAAGCAAGUUACUAUUUAAUAGUACUGGAGCUGGCUGGCUUAGGCCUGCAUCUUGAUCACAACUGAGUGAGAACAAAUCUUCCACUUUGUAUGUAGAAAUAACCUAUAAGCUCUGUUUCUAUGAAUAAAUGAAUGAAAGAAGCCUAUAAACUCAACUUCUAUGAAUAAAUGAAUAAAAGAUUCAUGUCAACAUGCUGAAGUAUAUGGGAUUGAAGGCUGGGUCACACAACCUACAACUAUUUCAGAUGUAAAUGAAGGAGAUGAAUUAAAUGAACAUUUAUACAGGUCUUAAAUUCAGGUUUAAAUUUACAGAUUGCACUAGGGUGUCAAAUCUUGGAGUACAAUAAAUACUAGAAUUGUAUUUUACACUGCAAAAAUAUAUCCAGUGUUUACUAUUAGUUGGACUAUUGUUGUAAACCUCAGAAAGGCAAUAUUGUGGGAUUACAGAUGUGAUUACCUCUGAAUUUCUGAUAUUCUUAGUGUAUUGGUUGGUGGCAUAUGUAUGUAAGGGGAAUGGUAUUGUUGACUGUGGUAUAAGUGCUAUGAUGCAAAUAAGUAUUUCUUUUCAAAAUGGCAUCAGUAGAAUAAGCACUUUCUUUAGGAUAAUGAAAUUCCAGCAUAGUUGUCAUAAUGACUCAAAUAUAAAAACAAUAAGGAGCCAAAUAUGAUAUGGUUAUUAACAAUAGGACAUUAUGGUUUAUCAAAUCAUGAAUUUAUAAUUUUUAAGGAUACAUUACACUCUGCUAAAGUUGCUGAAGUUGGUCUUCACAAGUUAUACUUCAUUUGGUUCAUCAGGACAGAGUUCCAAUGCUAUUCCAAUAUCACUUUUAGCACUUUUUUGUCUCAUAAAUGCAAUCAAUAGAAAUAUGCCUAAUGUAGAUAUUAAUCUUUAUAGGUGCCUACUUACAUUAAUUAGGUUGUUUGGCUGUUCUGACAGUGAUCUAAAAUAACAGUCAAAAAAAAAAAAAAAAAAAGACCAAACUGUUGGGGAGAAUCUGCCCUAUAAAGUAAUCAAGCUUCAUGUUUCUUAUCUUCCUGCUCUGCUGGGCUGAGGGAUUGCCCCCAUUUGCAAGGUGCAAGAUGGCAUUGUAACACACUCACACAAAAGGGAAGUUAAACACAUCCUUUCCACCUCCCUCUUUUAGUCCACGUCUUAGAAUCAUGGCCACUCCUUGCUGCAAUGGAAGCUAGGAAAUGUAGUCUUUACUCUGUACCUCUAGGAACCUCUAUGAAAAAGUAUAUUUUCCAUGACUCUAAGACAGGACAGUAUGGCUAAUGGGAAGCAACUAGUAGCCUUUGUCACAAUGUCAAGGAUUUUUAUUGAUUGCCGAAAGAGGCAGGAUAGUAUUUAAACAUUUUAUGUUGUUGUUAAAGAAUAUCUUAAAAUCUCAAAGCAUUAUUACCAGAAAGGGCAAUGGACCUUGAAUUUGAUGUUGACCUUCAUAAAAAUGUAGUCACUGUCCGUAGACCAAGAAAUCAAAGAAAUUGAGAGUAUGUUAAAUAAUACAUACAAACACACACACGUAUAUGCACGUACACAUAUACACACUCAUAUAUAUGUGUGCA